UAAACAUAUGGCGAUUUAGUUUUAACAUGCCCAGUCGGUGAUUUUGUAUAAAGUUAAUUUAUAAUAAAUUUAAUUUAAACAUAACAUAAAUGAAGGCUAUUGUGCAACGUGUUACCGCCGCUAAGGUUACAGUUGGUGAAGAACUCAUAAGUUCUAUAGGCCGCGGUUUGUGUGUUUUGGUGGGUAUAACCCAAACCGAUACCGAGAAGGAUGUGGAAUAUUUAUCCCGCAAACUAUUAUCAUUGCGUUUAUUUGAAGACACUUCCAGUAAACGUUGGCAAAAAAGUGUACAAGAUGAGAAAUUGGAAAUUCUGUGUGUCUCACAAUUUACCUUAUAUCAUCGUUUAAAAGGCAAUAAACCCGAUUUUCAUUUGGCCAUGCAAGGCGAACAGGCACAACAGUUGUAUCAAAAGUUUCUGAAGCGUUUGGGACAAAUGUAUGACGACACAAAAAUUAAAGAUGGCAAAUUUGGUGCUUACAUGCAAGUACAUAUACAAAAUGAUGGCCCAGUCACAAUAGAAUUGGAGUCACCAAUUGUAGAACCCAAAGCUAAAUCUAAAAACUUAGAAAGCACUGCAGUAGACAAUCAAACACAGCAAACAGUUACUAGUGAAAAUGGAGAGAAACUAUAAGGCAUUUUAAGGGGUUUUUUUAAAUUAUGCAAAUAUUUUUAAUAAGAAAUGUGAAAAAUGUAAUAAGUUAAUGGUGAAUUUAUUAUUCAAAAAUUAAAUUCAAAAUUGUUGCUAGUGUAA